AUGAUUCACCACCUCGCAACGAUGACCGAAGACCGCAAGCGCCACGUGUACAUCAUUGCGCGCCUUUUGCAUGAAAGCGCGGCCAAAGCCAAUGUGCCCACCUCGGUCGUCUCCCAAAAGCUGCACCGCGUCGCAACCAAGAUGGAAGUCCAGCUCCACCGCGCGACGCACGGCCGCAAGCUCGGCGAAGACGCGAUCCGUAAGCACUUGUGCCGCCUAAUUUGUGCCGUGAGCGUUGUCGUCCUAUUUACGCGUCUCUAA